AACAUUGAUUACCGCCGUCUCAUCCAAUUUGAAUUUGUCUAUUUUCAAUUCUGCAAAUUUCGCCCAGAACGUAUGAUCUGUAGAAGUCCUAAGCUUUGUGAAUUUCACGAAUUUAGACAUUAUGAUGCUCUCAACUCAAGUAACAGAAAAUCUGGAAAUGAAACAAUGAUAUUCAUACAUCAUUAUCUCUUUCUUCCUGUCGACGAUACUCAUCGUAUCGAUAAUGUCUUUCGUUCGCUGCGUGUUACAGCGAUAGAACAAAAAUUAACAAAAUCUCAAACUGUUUACAGUUCAAACGAACGUAUAUACCACCGGAGUAAUUACAUUAAUUCUCUCCCGUCUUCUUUAACUUUGUUGACAAUCGACUUUAUGAAUGAGGUGCUACCUCAUGCCAUACGCGAUGCGCAAUUUUUCAUUGUCGUCGAAUAAAUUGCGAACAUUCGUAAUAAUAUAACCCUCGGUGUCACGGUAACGCGCUAAUGUGUAUUGUUAAUUAUUAAUGUUCUACGUUCCGAGUGCUGUUUGAAAUUCGGUCGGUACUCUUCGUUAAACUUUAAAGCCGUAUGCUGCUACUUAAGACUUCAGAAGGAAAUUCCAUUGUCAAACGGCCAACGGAACAAUCGAAUAAUUAAUAACACUUGGCUCAAGUUACUUUUUAACGAAAUAAAUUUCUCAACAAUUAUUUUGAACAACCACCGCGAUAUGCGGAAGAUGUAUAUGUACGGCACUGACGAUGACGUCACAAAGACAGUAUGGCCGGACAGCAUCGGCUGUCUGCAUUGUAAUUGUGGGUGAACGCUUUCUGGGGGUUCCGAGGGAUAUUUUUAAAGAAAUAUGUCGGAUUAUUUGAGGUCCGCGCUGGGAUACUUGAACGGAGCGAACACGAAUGAGUACGUCGGACAAAUACUAGAAAUCAACAAUGUGAAAUUACGCGUGACCAGGCUACUCGCCGAGGGUGGUUGGGCUUUGGUAUUUGCUGUAGAAGAUAUUAAUACAGGAAAAGAAUAUGCGCUUAAGAGGCUCAUCGCGGUCGAUGAAGAAACAAACAGAACUAUUGUACAAGAGAUAGAGACUCUAAAAAAGUUAACGGGUCAUCAAAAUAUAAUUCAAUAUCUGUAUGCUCAACGCUUGGAACACGACAAAGGAUACGAGUAUUUAUUGGUGACGGAGUAUUGUCCUGGUGGAACAGUGGCGGAUAUACUAAGAAACUUAUCCUCGAAUUCCUUGAAUCUUGCCCAAAUUUGUAGAAUAGCUUAUCAGGCGACUAGGGCUGUACAUCAUAUGCACAAUCAACAGCCAGAGCCGUUUGUACAUCGAGAUAUAAAGCUAGAAAAUUUCUUAAUCGGAAGCGACGGUCUGAUCAAACUCUGCGACUUUGGAAGUACUUCUACUCAACAAAUUUUACCAAAUCCAUCAUGGAAUGCUCAAAAACGUGCUACAUUAGAAGAUCAAAUGGCAAAGUACACGACACCCAUGUAUCGUGCUCCAGAGAUUAUGGACACAUGGAACAAUGAACCGAUUGGUCCACCGGUCGAUUGCUGGGCAAUCGGCUGUAUUUUGUAUACCUUGGUGACGCUGAAGCAUCCGUUUCCCGAUGGAAACAAGCUUGCAAUAAUUAACGGGAAGUAUCCCCCGCUUCCUUCUAAUCCGCGUGUAAGCUGUUUCUACGAUAUAGUGAAGGGAUGUUUGGAAGUGUCCCCUGUGAAAAGGCUCACAACAUCAAUGAUCCUGGAACGCCUUGCAGCGAUAGCGGAGUCAAAUAAUAUCGAUCCCAGGGAACCCCCGAAAGUGGAAGUCGUCGCGAAAACUCCGCCGCCUCCUAGACCUGCUCCUCCACCGUCUAGUACGCCAGCUCCACCGCCACGACCGUCGCCUCCAGUAAGCGUUCCACCCCCAAGACCGGCACCGGUUCAAGCAGCCGUGGUGAAGGUUCCAGUAGCUCAACCGACAGGCCUAUUUAGUUCGUUAAAAGGUGGUGCUGGUAGCAUUCUACGUAAUUUAAAGGAUACCUCUAGCAAAGUGAUGCAUUCCGUGCAACAGAGCAUGGCUAGGACUGAACUGGACGCGAGUUACUUAACAUCUCGGAUACUGAUAAUGCCAUAUCCGGCAGACGGAAUAGAGUCUGCCUAUCGCGCUAAUCACGUGGAGGACGUCAGAGCGUUCCUUCAAGCCAGACAUCCACCUCCAGCUCGCAUUCAAUUAUACAAUUUAUCUCGUGGACGGCCAAAUGUGUCUAGGCUUCCUGGCAGACAUAUUGAUUGCUCAUUCGCCUACGCUUCAUCGGAUUCGAACGCCCCUCUGCUAUCGGCGCUGUAUCAAAUUUGUCAAGAUAUUUAUCGGUACUUAAACGCGGACUUCAACCAUGUAGUAGUGUUGUACUGUUCCGACGGGUAUCGGGCAAGCGCUACAAUCGCAUGUACAUUACUCAUCUACGCUAAAGCACUGACAACCCCCGAAGAGGCGAUAACGCUGUUUACCACGAGGCGUUGCCAGCCGCCUCAGUUGCAACCAUCGGAAUUACGUAGUAUUAAUUAUAUGAGCUUACUGAGUAGCGGUAUGCAUCCGCAUACCAAGCCGCUGGCGCUUCGUUCUUUAAUUAUACAACCGGUGCCACUGUUCACUAGAGCAAAGGACGGCUGCCGGCCGUACAUUGAUAUCUACAGCAACGGAGCGUUAGUGUUCUCCACGAAGCGGCCGGAAUACGAGGAGAUGAGACUGUACGGCAUGAUGGAAGGGAAAGUCCCUUUAGCGUUGGGGAACGCAACCGUUCGCGGGGACGUCACGCUGGUGUUGUUCCACGCCCGGCAGCAGCUCGGUCGCGUGAUAGGGAUUAAGAUCGCCUCUUUACACUUCCACACGGGCUACAUACCAUUAAACGAAACCGCUUUAACCUUCAAGAAGAAAGACUUGGACGACGUUCCCGAGAUCGGCGGCAAGUUCCGGGUGGUGCUGAAUAUCGCGGUAGCCGAGGAGAACUCGAAACUAGCCAGAGUACCGGCCCCGUGGGAAGCGGAGCCGCCCACGUCGAAACUGGAACCGGAUCCGUUGUUCGGCUCCACUUUGGAGAUGGAAGAGACACUGGAGAACUUCAGGACCGCUCGUCCAGAGGAGGUAAGUAUCCCAAAGAGCGUCGACACUGUCGACUCUUCUGACGCUCUCUCGUUUCACCAGGUUCAGAAGGAAGCGUUGACUGCGCCCGUCGCCGAAGCGCCGAGCAACACCGGCGCACGAGAGAUACUUCAGCCGGCGGAGGACACGGAGGAGGAAGUGAGAGAGGAGAGCAAACUGCAAGAGGCCGAUCUGCUGAAUCUUGGAAUGCCGGAAACCAGUACCUUAAAUACUCCGCAACCGACGGCGAACCCGGGAUUAGAUAUUUUUUCGAACUCUAGUCAAAACGAUAAUGAUCUCUUAGAAGGUUUCGGUGUUUUUACUCAGCAAGAGCCGAAGAGCGCGGCGGUGCCGACGAUCAACGACUCUGGCCAAAACGACUUGUUGUUCGGACACGGCCAGCCUACUAGAAACGAUAACGCCAAUAACAAUAUGAACGACUUGUUCUUCAAUCAAAGCCAGCCCACCGUUAAGCAGCAAGAGGUGAACGACUUCUUGUUCGAUCCGUUGGCCGGGAACGCGGCGAACAACCUGCUCGGCGGCGUGCAGAACGUCAAAGCGAACCCGGCGAAGUCGCCGAGCGGCGAGGAGAGCUUCCCGCGGAACUCGAGUGUCUCGAACUUCGCGGCGCAGAACAAAGACCCGUUCGCGAACCUCGCCAACUCGCUGGGGGCCGGCCUGACGUCCAGUUGGAACGGUACACCGAGAAACUCGAAUACUCCGCAGUCCGCUAGUCCCGCGCCAGCCAGUACACCGAUUCAUUCGAGCCCUAAGACGCACAAAUCCAAUGUAACCAACGAGACCAAUAACAGCACCGCGGACAACGGUGCGUCCGGCAACAAGCCGGCCAAAUCGGGUGGAGAUGCCUUCGAGGAUUUACUCGGUAGUCAGGGAUACAAUUUCUUCACUUCAAGGAAAGCGGAGAAGGACAGUCCGAAGACAAUAAAUCAGAUGAGGAAGGUGGAGGCAGCGAAGACUAUGGAUCCGGACCGACUGAAGAUAGCGGAAUGGACAGAGGGGAAAAAGGGGAACCUGCGUGCACUGCUCUGCUCGAUGCACACCGUUCUUUGGCCGGAAGCUGACAGAUGGCAACGUUGCGAGAUGCAUCAAUUGGUCACGGCCGCGGAUGUGAAGAAAGCGUACAGGAAAGCUUGCCUAGCAGUGCAUCCGGAUAAACAAGCAGGAACGGCCAACGAGAACAUAGCGAAAUUAAUUUUCAUGGAACUGAACAACGCCUGGAGCGCGUUCGAGAACGACGCUUCUCAGCAAAAUUUAUUUAGUUAAUUCUAAUGACUGUUACGUGUUGCAGAAAGAAAAAAAUGAAACCUAUGUCCACGAUUAAGGUAGUUCCUAGCGGAAAAACCCGAGAAAUUAUUCUAUUUAAUUUUAAGACAACUCUGUGUUACAUUCCAGCUAUGUUGUCUUAGCUGUAGCGACGAAAGAAGUAAUGGAUUCAUAGCAAUGGUGAAAUUCAAAUUGAAAUUGCAUUUGAAUGGCUACUGUGUAUAUGCAUCUUAAUUAUUAUAUAUAUAUAUAUAAUACAUACAUAUAUAUAUAUAUAUAAAGCCUUGUAAGAUCACUUAUUCUGUUAAGCGUAACGCGGCGUAAGCAUAUAUGUAUAUAAGG